UCUAAAUUCAAUCUCCAAACCUCCCUAAUUAAUCUCCAUGCACCUAUGAAGAGACCCUAGAAUUUGUAGAGUAUCCAUGGCGUCCUUUGCUGUUACUUCUCCUCUAAACCUAGGGCUUCGCCCUUCUUCAACCUGCAAGCCUAGAUCCUCUGCAAAAGCCCUUCAAAUCAAGCCCAACCUCACCUCAAACCAUGUGAAAAAAGAGCUCUUCUCUCGCUUGCCUCUGGUUCAGAAGCAGAUUCGGGUUUCGGUUUCUAGAUCGUUUCCUUCUGGUUCGAGGAAUCCUUCCACGGUGGUUCGAGCUUCUGCAACUUCACCUGCUACGGUUUCAGAGCCAUGGCAGGGAGCUUCCCUAAAGCCAUUAUUGGCAUCCAUAGCCACUGGUUUGAUCCUCUGGUUCAUCCCCUCACCCUCUGGUGUUUCAAGAAAUGCAUGGCAGCUUCUCGCCAUUUUUCUCGCUACAAUUGUCGGCAUAAUCACGCAGCCAUUGCCUCUUGGCGCUGUGGCCCUUUUGGGGCUUGGAGCCACUGUUCUCACCAAAACUCUGACUUUUGCUGCUGCUUUCUCAGCCUUUGGUGAUCCAAUUCCAUGGCUAAUUGCUUUGGCUUUCUUCUUUGCCAGAGGUUUCAUCAAAACGGGGUUGGGAAAAAGGGUAGCUUACCAAUUUGUCUCUCUUUUUGGAAAUUCAUCUCUAGGUUUAGGUUACAGUCUGGUUUUUAGCGAAGCUCUUUUAGCUCCUGCUAUCCCCUCUGUCUCAGCUAGAGCAGGUGGUAUAUUCUUACCAAUUGUGAAGUCUCUCUGUGUAGCUUGUGGUUCCAAUGUAGGAGAUGGAACUGAGAACAAGCUUGGUUCAUGGCUUAUGAUCACUUGUUUCCAAACCUCCUGUAUCUCUUCUGCUAUGUUCUUAACUGCCAUGGCUGCUAAUCCAUUAAGCGCGAAGCUUGCUGGUGCGGUUUUAGGGCAACCAAUUGGAUGGACUGCUUGGGCAGUGGGUGCCAUUGUUCCUGGUUUGGUUUCACUGGUUGUCGUGCCAUUGAUACUGUAUUUGGUCUAUCCACCUGAGGUGAAAAGUAGCCCUGAUGCACCGAGGCUUGCAAGGGAAAACUUGCAGAAGAUGGGGCCUAUGAGCAAGAAUGAGUUCAUCAUGACCGCCACCCUCCUUGUUACGGUUGGACUAUGGAUAUUUGGGGCGAUGAUAAAUGUUGAUGCAGUCACAGCUGCCAUACUUGGAUUAUCUAUUCUUCUCAUAUCAGGAGUUGUGACAUGGAAGGAGUGCUUGUCUGAAUCAGUGGCUUGGGAUACACUCACUUGGUUUGCUGCACUUAUUGCAAUGGCCAAUUAUCUUAACAAAUACGGUCUCAUCACUUGGUUUAGUGAGACAGUGGUUAAGUUUGUUGGGGGUUUGGGACUCUCAUGGCAACUCUCAUUUGGAAUCCUAGUACUUUUGUACUACUACUCUCACUACUUCUUUGCAAGUGGGGCUGCUCACAUUGGUGCCAUGUUCACUGCUUUCCUAUCAGUUGCAAGUGCCCUCGGGACCCCUCCACUCUUUGGUGCUUUGGUCCUCUCUUUCUUAUCCAACCUCAUGGGUGGCCUCACUCACUAUGGAAUCGGCUCAGCCCCUGUGUUUUACGGCGCGAACUAUGUCCCACUCGCCAAAUGGUGGGGCUAUGGCUUCCUCAUCUCGGUCGUAAAUAUUGCAAUUUGGCUUGGAGUUGGAGGCUUUUGGUGGAAGACCAUUGGCCUCUGGUGAAAUCCAGGUAAUUCUCCCAGAUUUGAUUCUUUUUGUUACAAAAAAGUGCAUUAUUCUUCUGGGUUAUAUAUCCAGGCAAUAAAACAUUUUUGUUGUUCCUAUUCUAUUUUUCUGUUGGAGGGAUGUGUAUUUUUUGAUGAAUUUUGAGAGCUUGAGGGCGUAGUGAUUCGUGGGGGUGGGGGAGCUGUUGUUUUGCGACAGUGGGUUCCCCGAAAAUUUUGACAUUGUGCAAGGAUAUUUGGUAUGUGGAUGUGUUUAUCUAUUGGUUAAUUUUUUUUU